CGCUACACUUAUAGGCCGACACUUACACGCUACACUGUCCCUGAACGAACAGCUAAAAGAACUAGUGCGGUUUGGCCUUUAGACAAUUACGAUCAAAACGAUGGAUUCAACUAUGUAUAUUAUAACCGGAGAUGCCCCAGAUGACUUUAUCUGUAAUGUGUGUGGCACUGUUAUGCUGGUGCCGGUGGUAAUGCCCAAUUGCGGACAUUCAUGCUGCAGUUCUUGUGCCGAGAGGGUCAACAGAAAGUGCCCAGAAUGCCGCGAAGAAUUUGGCGCAACGGCGGAGUUGAGGGAGAACAUCUCCCUCAAAAGGAUAAUAAGGCGCUUGCAAGCGAAGUGCAAGCGCUGUCCAUUCAAUGGGGAGCUUGGGCUUGUACUUGACCAUCUCUGCCCAGAGAGAGAGACAGAGUGUACGAACCCAAGCUGCAACGUUAAGGUGAAAAGGUCGGCACUAAGUUCUCAUUUACAAGUGUGCCCACAAAAAAUGACGGAAUGUGCAGAGUGCCAAAAGCGGAUGCCACGUGCGCUACUAGAGAGGCACUCCCAAUAUGAGUGUUUUCAGCGCAUGGUCCAGUGUGUGCUUUGCACGGAGAACGUGAAAAGAGAUGGAUUGAAUUUGCACUUAACCAACUGCGAGGAGCGCAGUCGAACCUGUGGUGUUCCUGGCUGUCAUUUUCAUGGCAACCAGGAACAGAUGUUACGCCAUAGAGUCAGCUAUGCGUCGGGCCACGUUGAGCUGUACCGGACGUAUGCUGAACGCCUAGCCCACGCCAUUGCUAAAAAGAGCACUCCAAGCGUAGAAAAAUUGCCUCUGAGGGUAGAGACUUUUCUCUGGUGCACAGAGGCGUUUAAAGAGAAAGCGGCCUCAGCAUGCGCGGGACAACCCCUCACAAGCCCGACAUACAGGAGUGAAGCCGGGGAGAAAUGGAGGCUGGUGCUGUUUGUGAAGCCAUACAAACUUUAUGCACAGCUCCAGUCCUCCGUGGCCCCUCUUAAUGUCAACAUCAGGCUUAUCUUGCUCGAUGACGCGUACGAAAAUAGGGAUCAGAUCUUCACGGCAGAUGGUCUUCUUAUCAAGGAAGGCCAGAUGUUCGGCCAAAGAGGGUCUCUAAAGGAUCUUGAAACAUAUGUCGAGGGUCCUCAAAAGACCUUAAAAAUCAAAAUGAUAAUUGAACAUAUUUCAUAUUCUGUUACUUAUUAGGUUCUGUGAUUGUAAUUUUUUUGGUUACUCCUCUUGUUUUGUUAAUUUCUUUUAUUCGAGUUGUUUACCAAAAGCUUUUCUUUGAAAAGGUUUUUCAUGUUUGAGCAGAAAGUGUAAAAGUAGGAUCCACGAUGAAGAAAUAAAGGCUAAACUUCAAAACA